UUGGCAGUCGAGUUCAUCAGUUAAUGAAACAGGAGGUCACAGUAGUCUUGUGGAAAAUGUCGGAGACGGCGGUUGCUUGUAAUAUCUGUGGCUCAUCUUACACAUUACCUGAAGAUGAAGCUGGGGGGAAUCUCCCUCAUGUGCUGUUGUGCAGUCAUAUUUUCUGCAGUACAUGCCUGCGCGCGCUCCAGUCCCCGCAAAACGUCAUCACGUGUCCCGAAUGUCAGAUGGACACCAGAAUUGAGGAAGAAGUUGAUGGUUUGGAGGUGGACAGCCGAAUCAUUGGCCUCAUCUAUACAGCUCGGAUGAACACAAAGAAAGGGCACUCUGGAGACAGGUGUAAAUCUCAAAGGUUUAAGAGCCCACCGUCAUCGGCAGCCGUCCACACACAGGAGAAUGCUGAAGGGAGGCCAGAUGUUGUUAAAGUUUUGGAUGAAGCUCUUGGGAAAGCAACAGAAAACCUCAGUCAACUUGAUAAACUUCACAAGACUCUUUCCAGUGGUAUUCAUGCUCAACUGAGGAAAGAGAGAACUCGAAUAAUCAGAGAAAUUGAUGAGGCUGUUGACAAAGCAAAGAGUAUUCUGCAGAAAAGACGGAGUAUGUUGGUGUCAAAAUUGAGUGAUGUGGAUCUACUCUUCACGGACGGUCGGAAAGAAUGUAAGAGAAUAGAAGAGAGGAUAAAGGAGCUGCAAACAGCCAUCCAGAAAGCUCGGCAUGUCCGACAGGUUCCUUCUCUGGAGACCUAUUGCAACCUAGACAAGAUUUUGGAGACACUACACAUUCCAGUGGAUGCUGAAUCAUACGACAUGAGCUCUAUGUCUUUGCGUUCAGGACUCAGCUGUAGUCUUCAAAUGGACAGUCUUGUUGACAGUUUGAGAAACUGUCUUAAAAUUACAGAUGACAGUGACUGUAUUUUAGAAGAAGUUACAGUGGAGCUUUUCCAACAUGUCGUGAAGAGUGGUGUGGAGGUCUGGGACAGCUCCAGUCAGUCUGUUAGAGGAAAUGCAGACCCCAUUCCCAAAAAGAAAAACACACGCAGGCCAAGUUUCAUAGAGGAAAUAGUGGAAGACACAGACACUUCUUCAGAGAUAGUGGAAAUAGCUCAUAGUUCCCCAGGACCUGAACCAAGGCGCAAUGAAAGGCACAAAGCACUUAGAAGACAUCACAGGCAUCAUUUUGAUAGGCCCUUAACUCCACAGCCUAAACUGGUGCACUAUGUUAUGGCGACUCACAUUGUGAACCCUGGACAUUUCUAUGUACGCUAUAUGAUGGAACAGAAGUCAGGCCAAAAGUUGACCAAAAAGGUCAACGAAUUCUGCUCAGGAGACAGUAGCCUCUUCACGUUCAGUGAUGAAAUCAAGACAGGCUCUAUGCUCUUUAUCUAUUGGAAGGAGGAUAUGUGGUGUAGGGUAACAGUGACUGAGCUCUUUCAGAAAGAGUGUUUCCAGAGUGUGACCAAAUGCCGUGCAUCAGAUGUCUCCCGUCUGUGUGUCUACUUCCAGGACUUUGGCUUCUCCAAGGGCGUUUCAAUUCCAAGUGAUGGAAAUUUAAGCGUGUUGAAUGAGUGUCUGCGGAGACCUGAUGCUGCUACUCUGGCUGAAAUGAAUGGCUGGGCUCCUCUGGCCAUCAAAUGCUCCCUUAAAGAUAUUAUUCCUGCAGACUUGCUGAGAGGGUGGAGUUUAGAGGCAGCUGACGAGAUGAGGAGCCUGCUGGGAUCUGAGGCUGUGGAGAUGCAGGUGUUCGGUGAGGACGGAGACACACUGUUAGUGGAUCUGAAGAAAACGCCAAUGGUGUCUCUGCGGGAGCACCUGGUGUUCAUGGAGCUGGCCAGAUUCUACUCUCCUAUAGUCGUCCCUGGCAGUGCACCCCUACUCUUUUACCCAUCAGUUCGCCCUGCACUCAAUGUUGAGGUCAAUGCUAUGGUUUCUCAUGUGAACACACCGUCAGACUUCUAUGUACAACUAGUUGAAAAUAUGGAGUACCUGCUGUUGCACUCAAAGCUCCAGGACUGUUACAGUCGUCCCCAGGCACACAGUGAGUUCCAGGUCUACUGCCCUUCUCUCUCACAGGCCUGCGUCGCUUGCUAUGACCAAGAAUGGUGCAGGGUUCAAGUCAUAGGUUUCCCUGGUGGUCGGAUGGUUGAGGUUCGGUAUGUGGACUUUGGCUACAGAAAGACACUCUCUGUGAAAGAUCUGAGACAGAUAAAGGAUGAGUUCUUUGCUUUGCCAGAAAUGGCUUUGUGGUGCAGUCUGAAUGAUGUGGUCAGUCCGCAGGAAACAUGGAGUGAUGAAGCCUGUGUUGUGUUCAAGGAACUUGUGGAGCAUAAACUUAUCACUGUUGUGGCGAAAAAGCUUGUGCCCGGCACUAGACCUGUGCCUGUGUGUCUAUAUGAGAUUGGUGAUGAUUGCACUGGAGCCAGUAUUGGAGAAAUACUGGUCAGAAAUGGUCUCGCUGUUUCCAGUAAACAGAGCCAGAUUAAAGACGCCCAGCCCUUGGAGACGACCGUAUGGGAUCCUCCAUUUGAAGAGGAGCCUCUGUCUGUUGUUUUGACUCCUCCUCCUGCUUCUGAAGAGCUGAAGCCCAGCCUGAUUCUGCCCACAUGUGUCAAAGACAUCAAAGUUCGUGUGACACAUGUCACCUCUCCUGGAAACAUCUAUGUGCAGCUGCUGCAGUUUGACGGCCAGCUGAAGAGAAUCCACGACACGCUGAAGGGUCUCUUCUCUAAGUCAGAGCCACAGGAGAUGCUCUGGGAAGCAGAGAUGUUCUGUGCUGCCAACAACACUGGGGUUUGGGAAAGAGGAAAAGUGUGCAGUGUGUCCACUAAUGGUGUUGUAGAGGUUUUGCGUUGUGACUUUGGUAAUAAAGUGAAUCUCCAUGUAAACAAUCUCAGACCACUCAGUCCUGAUCUGAUCGGAUCUUUCUUACUCGAAUGUAACCUCAGUGGUGUAAGGCCAGCUGGUGGUCGCUCCACAUGGACAGCCACGGCGUGUGACUUCAUCUCUCACUACUUGACCGGUGCCAUGGCUGUAAUGGCCAUAAAGGACCCAUCUGCCAUGCCAGUGCUGGUGUCUCUUUUCUGUUCAAACCGUGCUGGUCAAAACGUCAGUUUCGCCGAUUUCCUCAUCAGUGAAGGACUUGCUCUAAAGGAGAGAAAGGCUGCUUCCAUAUCCGAGACGGUCUUCUCAGAGCAGUGUGUGUUGAGAGAGAAUAUUCCUGAGCCACAGAGAAUCACGAGUCCACCUCAGACACCACCCACACCCACCCCUCGCAUCAACCCACCACCAGAGAGAGUGCAGACACACUCAUACCCCCCUCCAGAGCUGCCUCCCUGCGGACACACGCUCAUGAGCGUCUCAGCCAUCUCCGAACAAGGUGUCAUUUACGCAAUGACACACCAAGCAGUGUGUGAGUUUGAUCGCUUACGGGAGCGGCUUCAACAGCACAUUAAAACCCUGCCAAGACAGAAGAACUACAACUGGAAAGGAGUUUUGGGAUGUGCUGUCAUGGGAACCGACAUGUUCUGGUACAGAGGUCAGGUGCAGGAGGUCAUUGGAGGACACGUGAAGGUCCAAUAUGUGGAUCAGGGACUUGUGGAGAGUAUCCCGGUUUGUCAUGUGUACCCCAUGGUUCUCUGUGAGGAUGUGCCGCAGCUCUGUGUGCCCUGUCAGAUAAAUGGAGUCAUACCGAUUGGGAAGGGAUGGCAGUGGGAUGCUGUGGUGCUCAUGAAGGAGUUGCUACUUGGGCGUUCAGUCAGUGUCCACAUUAUUGAGCACCCAGAGGAUCCGUGCGGCUGUGUAAAAGUUGAGAUAACGGUGGAUGGAAUGGCGCUUAGCAAGAUAAUAGUGCAUCACCAGUAUGCCAGUUUUGAUCCUGCCAUCAGCAGCCAGGAGGAUUAUGUGGUUAAGCCUCCCGUCCCUGAUUUGGAUGACUGGGAUCUAAACACAGUGGGGUUGGAGGAGCCCCAGCCUGUAUUGGGGGUUUAUAAAGAACUCCAGAUUCCUAAAGUAAGAAAACAUUUCCCUGUCAAGGUCAAGCAUAUCCGCGCCCCAAAUGAGGUGUUCCUGUGUGUGUUGGAUAAGACUCUGUGCGAACAGGAGCAGGAAGAGAGUUUGGAGGAAGCUCUCGAGUGUGUGAAUGAGAAUAUAGAAAAUCUGAGCCUGCUGACAGACUUCCCCAUUGAGUGUCCCUGUCUGGCUGAGUACAGCGAUGGUAAAUAUUAUCGUACGAAGCUACUGGGUUUUUCUCAACUCACUCCUUAUGUGAAGCUCCUUGUGAGACAUGUGGAUUUUGGUUCGGAUGACAUCUUACCAACACAAAAAUUGCGGCAACUCCCUGCAUCCCUUCAUCAUUUCCCAUGUGCAGCAGUUUAUGUCAAGUUAGCAGGCUUCAAACCGACAAAUGUGUGUUUGGAGUCGGAGAGGAUACCUUACCGGCCUGAGUGGAGUAUGAGAGCCAUGAUGGAGAUGAUCGACCUGUUGAACGGAGAGCUCACUGCAGUGGUCACUGCAACUGAACCACAGCUGACUGUGCUGUUAUACAAUGCGGAAGGGACACUCGUCCACAGACCUCUUGUGGAGAAAGGCCUCGCUGAUUAUGCAUAAAUCUUGUAAAGGUUGUGUCAGUGAUGCUGUAGAUCAUCAGAUUUCAUAGAUGCUUCUGAGACGGCAAAACAUUUUAUGUUGGUUAUGUUAGUGUAUGUCUCAUUUUAUGUUCAAGCACUUGGGUUUUAUGCUACAGUUGUGUGCAGGCAUUUUAUGUUAAAACAUUUAGCCAGUUUUGUUUGUGCAGCUAUGCCUAAUUUUAUGUUAGGUAUUUUUAUUGUUCAAGUUCAAAACUGCUUCAAAGUAGCAAAAAUAUUUUGUUAAUAUAAUGUCUCUGUAUGUUGAGCAGAGCUGAAGUAAAACUCUUGUAGACUCUGACUUGCUCACAAGUUUUUUUGUACCAAAUCAUAAUUGACUUUUUGAAAUUUUGGGUGUUAUCAAUCAUAGACUUUGACCAAUCGAUGCACUUUUAUUUUCAGACCACUACCAGAAGUAUCCUGCAGAACCUUUUCACAAUUCAUCAGCUUAAAUCAUCAUCCUUUAAGUACCCUAAACAUUAUGAAUGAAAUGCACUAUAUUGCCAAAAGUAUU